AUAUAUUAAGCAUUAUAAAAAAUGGCUGACUAGUAGACACUAUUACAUUUGUCAAGCCAAAAUACAGUUGGUGCAACUAAUUGGUACUGAUCCCAAGGAGCUUAUGGUAGUACCUGAGGAUAAACUCAAUCUCAAAUUGGAAUAUGUUAAAGAGUUGAUCGAUUUAUAUGAGAAAUUAGCACCGUGUGAAGUCCGCAUGUUGGGUACAUUUUGUUUUGAGUUGCACUCAGCCAUAGCAGAGCAUACACGUCGAGUGGCAUUGCAGACCACAUUAUCUCCGAAAAACAUGUUGGAGGAAUCCUUACUCUAUGUUGAAAAAUGUAUAAAUUAUUUGCAGCAUGAAUGCGACCUGUUUGUAGAGGGUCACAUCCUUAUACAGGCGAGAAUCAACAGAGACGCUCUAAGAAUGGUGCUAGUAAUGUAAAAAAAGAACGCUCAAUUAUCUUUGUAUUUUUAAUUUAUUAUUUCAUCCUAUUAAAGAAAUUUAAAACUUAUUUUAUUUUCUGGUAAAUAGAUUAAAGGAAGAAAUUGGUAGCUUAGAGUGAAAAGUAGCUAAGUCCACUUUUUUUGAAAACUCAUAUUUUGAUAAAGGAAGCAAGAGAAUUCAAAAAUGCAUAUUUUCGAAAAGGAUUAAGGUACUUCAACGAAAGGCAAAUUUGCUAAGUCCAAAAGAGGCGCCGAAAAUCCGAUAAAGCAAAAAUAGUAGUACGAAAUCCUUUAACAAUGAUCGAAUCCUCCGGAUUGUAAAGGAGUUUUGCUUUGCUUUAAACAUGCAAAAUGUUGUGUUCUAAGUUUAGCGAUAAAAAGAAAGAAAAUGGCUCCAAGAAGUUUUUUCGUCUCCUGUAAAAUUUUUAAAAGAGAACUUAGCAACUUUUCACUCUAAGCUAGCGAUAUG